AUGCUCGCCCCGCUAGCUGCACUCGCUGCACUCCUGUCGCUCUCUGUCGCCGCACAGGACGCGCCCGCCUACCUCGAUCCUCUAGCCUUCUCGCAGCUCCUGUCGUCGAGCGAGAACCGCCACCGUGCCGCCCUCGACGCGUACCGCAUCAACGUCGAGUCGCGUCCGCAGACGAUCGAGCUCGCCCGCAAGGCGAGGGUCUUGGCGGCCGACCUCGAGCGCGCUCACGGCCUGGGGCGGCUCAGGGAGCGCUCACAGGUCGCCCUCGAGCGACGGCAGCAGGGCACGGGCUCGAGGGGCGUCGUCGAGCUGUUCGACUUCUUCUCGCAGCCUCUCGAUGUCAUGAUCUACGGCGCCGUCGAUGUCGGCUCGCCCGCGCAAUCGUUCAACCUCCUGUUCGACACGGGCAGCGCCGACAUGUGGAUCUACGCCGAUGGUACCGGUUCCCGCGAGCCCGAGUGGGACGCUUCGGCCUCGUCGACCGCCGUCACGUCGCCUGCCCUGCCCUGGAGCAUCCGGUACGGCCGCGGCGAGCAGACGGGUUACCUCAACCAGGACACGGUCUCGCUCGGCGGGUACGACGUCAACAACACGAUCUUUGCCGCCGCCAACACGCUCAACGAGGCUUUCACGUACUACCCCAUCUCGGGCCUGUUCGGGCUCGGCUUUGGCGCCAUCAGCGCGAGCGGCUACGCGCCCUGGUUCGAGCGCCUCAUCAGCUCGGGCGCGCUCGCCGAGCAGUACUUCUCGCUCUACCUCACCCGCGCGUCGGACGUCACGACCGAGGCCGAGGGCAGCCUCCCCGGUGCGCAGAUGUGCAUCGGGUGUGUCGACUCGAGCAAGUACACGGGCGAGAUCAACUGGCUGCCGGUCCAGUCCGAGGGCUUCUGGGCCGUCGAGAUGGACGGCUUCGAGAUCAACGGGACGGUCGUCGAGGGCACGGCCGUGCGCGCCGCAAUCGACUCGGGCACGACCCUCAUCCAGGUCCCGCCAGCCAUCGCUCGGGCCUUCUACGCCGAGAUCCCCGGCUCGACCCCGAGCACGACGAUCGAGGGCUCGUACAUCAUCCCGUGCAGCACGCCCUUCUCGUCGCUCGCCCUCGUCUUUGGCGGCGUGCGGUACGAGAUCCCGAGGCGCGACCUGCUGCGCGCCAUCAGCUCGGACGGGCGCCAGUGCGUCUUGACGAUUGCCGAGAGCCAGAGCGAGGACGUCGACGGGACGCCGAUGGCCAUCGUUGGAGAUGUCUUGUACGUCCUCGCGUCCACUCCUAUCCGCUCGAGACGUGGCUCGGUCGUCGACCUCAAGAACGCCUACUCGGUCUACUCGUACUCGCACCAAGGCGCACCCGGUAUCGGCUUCGCGCGCAGCAUCAUCGCCGGCUCGUACUCGAACUCGUCGUUCGGCAGCAGCACGACCGGCAGCGGCAGCUUCACCGUGCCGGCCACCGUCGGUACGCUCAGCGUCAGCGGCGCGCCGGUGCCGACGGUGAGCAGCCGAGCGAGCCGAGGGUCGACGGCGGUCGGGACGGGCACGCUGGGCGCCGGGACGAGCAGCUCGAUCGGCCCCAUGGCUUCCGGCUCGACGGGCACGGGCCAGAACGCGCAGUCGUCGGGCGCCCGCACGACCGUCGCACUCGGCAUCUCACUCGUCGCCGCUCUCUUUGCCUCGUCCCUCCUCGCCUAGCCUCCUCCCCAGUCACAGACACUCUCUCUCGCAUCCACGUCGGACGCCUACGCGCCCUUAUCCUAUCGCGCUCCCGCAUGCCACCCUUGCUCCCCUUCCUCUCGUUCUCUCUCCCUCCUUCCUCGUCCUCCCUCGUUCGUUGUCGCACCCUCAACCGCCCCUGUAGCCUGUCCAUACUACCCUCUCCUCCUGCCUCGCACCCUCCUUCGCUUACCUGCAUCGCACGGCAAGUCGCAUCGUC